UGUCACUCGUGUUCUCCUUUCCUAUUUCUCAAAGCUGAAGUGGGCUGUGUUUUGCAAAACCGAGACGCACACAGGCAGAACCUGCGGUGGCUCCCCGCCAGAUGCCCGAGCAUGCGAGUCACCCUGGCUCUGACAGCCUGGACGGUUUCUGUGGUCUGCAGUUACUCGUAUGCAGCGAGUAGUUUACCAGAUAUCGACAAUGAGGCAUUUAUCAAAGACUGUGUUCGCUUUCACAACAAGUUCCGAUCAGAGGUGAAGCCGGCAGCCAGUGAUAUGCUGUACAUGACCUGGGACCCAGCACUAGCCCAAAUUGCAAAAGCAUGGGCAAGAAAAUGUCAGUUUUCACAUAAUGUACAGCUGAAGAAGCCCCACUUGCUGCACCCAAAUUUCACUACACUGGGAGAAAACAUCUGGAGUGGCACUCAGUCCAUCUUUUCUGUGUCUUCAGCCAUCACAAGCUGGUACAAUGAAGUCGAAUACUAUAACUUCAAGACUCGGGAAUGCAGCAGCGUCUGUGGCCAUUACACUCAGGUUGUUUGGGCAGAUAGCUACAAAGUUGGAUGUGCAGUACAAUUCUGUCCUCAAGUUGCCGGCUUGAAGUUUACCGAUGUUGCACAUUUUAUAUGCAACUACGGACCAGCAGGAAAUUACCCCACUUGGCCGUAUAAAAAAGGAUCCACUUGCAGUGCUUGCCCCCAAAAUGACAAUUGUUUGGACAAUCUGUGCGCUAGCCCACAGAGAGACAAACUCACACGUUACUACUCUAUUGUGUAUCCAGACCGGCCAUUAUAUUUACGUAAUAGAUACCUAUCUCUCUUUUUCAUUGUUAGUCCACUAAUACUAAUCCUAGCUGCUGUUAUUACCAUCUUGGUCAAGUACAAACAUUUAGUUCUUUUGAACUAAUACAAUCC